GGAGCAACCUAACAAUUCUUCUGCCCCAAAGAAGAAGCCAAAAACGAAAUCGUUUCACACGUUUAGUUAUUUCACACCAUGGGAAAUAUUUGUUAUGUUCGGAAACAUAGUAACAUUCGUGGUGGUAAGAUUAUACGAAUCCUUCUUUACGUCUCGGCACGACGCCAUGGUCUGGAAAGUGUUUCAGAGGAGACGGCCCGAUCCCAGAGACUCGGGCCGGGAGUAUGUCAAGGCCAUCAAGUAUGUACUGAAAACAUCAGACUCGACCCAUAUGGCGCUUCGGUGUAGGUUUUUCUGUAACGAGAGAUUUGGCGAGUUUUUGGCCUUGCUGCAUCUCGUCUUAAGGGCGCUGGAUACCGUGGAGGACGAUAUCUCAAAAAGUGUGGAGACUCGGGUCGCUGACUUGUCUAAAUUCCAUCUCGUUUUACAAGAUCCCGUGAAGAACCAAUUGUCCUGCUUGUAUGGCAUGACGGACAAAGAACGAGACUUAAUGACGAAUAUGCCCACCCUGCACAAAGUAUUUUCCACCCUGGAUGUCACCACGAGACAAAUUAUUAUCAAAGUAACGACCAGUAUGGCCACCGGGAUGAUAAAAUAUUUGGGAAAUGCACAAAUCGAUACUUUUCAAGACCUGGAAGAAUAUUGUUUUUACGUUUGUGGAGUUUUGCAGAGAGGAUUUUGGGAGUAUGGAAUUGCUGAAGGCAUGGAGGAAGGCUCAGUUCACCCGAUAGGUCCACGUGGUCCGUUUGAUAACCCAUUUGCGACCGCCAUGCUCGUUCAGGAGGUCCACAUCCUCUCCAGUUUCCUCGAGGAUACCUUAAUGCAACCCAAUCCUUCCUUAUACCUGCCAAAGUGCCUCGUUCAAAAGUACGUUCUGGACCAGCGGGAUCUUUUAAAAGAAGAAAACCUUGCCAAGGGUGUCGCCUGCAUUAACGAAUAUAUUUCCCACACCUUAACCCACAUUUUACCCUCGUUCGCUCGCCUAGACGAAAUGCGCACCGUUCCCGCUCAGAUGGUGUACAGGUGCAUCAUUCUUCUAGAUGUGGCACAUCUCGUGAUUUAUUAUGGGAACGAGGCCGCCUUUAAAUACACCCUGAUACCUGAUUUGCUCGAGGCCAUAAUAAUUUUUGAAGGAUGUACGGGCAAGAAAUGCUUCUUUAAACGGUUAAGGUACUAUUGUGUAAAGCUCUUGGAAAAGGUGGGAGACGGGGAAGAUGAGACGGGCAGAGUGGUGAUUGAACGGAUCAACGAAAUAAUGGCGGAGUGUGACAAGCAGUUAAAAACACUUUAAGUUGAUUUACAGUUUUAAUGUUUUGAUGCGAUACAUUUAUAAAUUUAAUUUAGGAUGGCUAUUUCCUACUUGUAAAUUCAAUCGGUACUUAUGUAUGUAGGUACUAUUAAUUGAAAUAUUAGACUUUAAAUAUGCAGUUAUACUUCACCUUUGUAUCAGUUAUGUAAUAUACGCCAUGACAUGAAAGCAGCGAAUAACUGACGAUUUGCGACACUUGAGUACAUAUAUAUACUUCAGUCAACAGUAAUUAGUAAAGAAUGCGAAGUUCAAGUAGCCUCAAAUUUCGAUUUAUUUUUUCUGAAUAUUCCUACAUAUUUAAGCAACAUAGAUAUUCGGAAUUCGAAAUGUCUAUGAAACUACUUUUGUUCUAACAACAUAAAUUAAUUUGGGACAUUUUAUGAUUAAAAACUUUAUUUUCCAUAUACACAGCCAUGUUUAAUUAGCAGCGGUACAUAUGUACUUUUAC